UCUCACUGUGCACCGUACACGAUGUAAACAAACUAGUAAACAUCGGUUGAGUAAUACCGCUCUGUUUCGCUGUUUCGCACCAUGAAUCGCGCUAAAAAAGUGUCCUUUUUCCUUACCGACACCGGUCGGCAGGUAGUAUUUUACGGCGCAACCACCGUUGCGAUAGGACUGUUCGCUGGCCACUACUUCCCACACUCGAUAUGCAUUUCCUACUACAAGGAGUUUGUGCAAGCAUACAAAAAUGGAGAAGAAAGGAAGCUUUCAGAGAAGCUAGAGCAGCGGUACAAGCGAGCAUUGGAGUUGCUAGAUUUGACGGAGUUUGAAAAAAAGUUCGCCACCCCGUUCGUCGUGUACGGAUUCGAUGUGUUUAAUGCGGGUUCGUUCAAAACGCGGUACGGUGCGUACGUCGGCAUCCCAUCGAACUUUGAGUACGAUAGUGCGGCGGCAAUCGAUCGUACCGACAUUAAGAUACGCAAUCAACCGAUCGACUGGAACACGGAGCCGGGCAAAUUGCUCGAGGAUGCGCUGGUGCUGAGCGAGGACGAGCAGGUGUUUGGUAUCGCGCGGGAACUGCUCACGAUGAAGACGUACAAAACGCUCAUACAAUCCAUUAUUCCUACCGUUUCGUGGAUGUUUACGUACAGCUUAGCGUCGCAGUUGAAUGAGCGUUGUAAUUUUUACGCCCGUCCACGAUCCCUCCGCAUGAUGCUGUACACUAUUUGCGGGCUGUUUGGAUUUGGCAUUUAUUCGUUCUCGACCGAUAUGACAGAAAUUUACUACGAGACGCAGGUCGACAAGCAGAUGGCAACGCUCGGACCGGAUGUGGUUGAUGCCGGCGUAAGGUUUUACGAUAAAGUGUUGAAGAAAAAUGUCGCCAUUCGUAAGCUCACCGGGGAAGAUUACUACACGGCCAAGGGUAACGUGAACUAUCUGAUCCGACAGAAGGCGGCACCGUUGACGCUGCGGAAAGAGUUUUUCCAAACGGGGUACAAGGAUUACGUCGGAACGGAGGAAACGAGUUAGGGGGUGGGCGAGAGGAUGAUCAACCAAAUGCUAUUAUAUUUAGCUUGAAAUAAAUGAAGUAGUGCAGAAUGAGUGCUAGAUGGUGUA